GGGUGGAUGAGCCAGGGGACGGGAGAUGGGGCAGAGGAGCCAGAGGGAGGCAAGAUCGGGAGAAGACGGCCUAUGGGGACAGCUACCACAGGACAGCUACCACGGCUCUGGCCACCUGACCCCUGAGAGACUCUGCCAUGGGGCAGCCCAGGACACAGGAGCCAUGGGGCAGCUCACCGGGCUGCCAGAGGUGCAUCACUGGGAGCCGGCUGGGCUGUUUUGGCCACAAGGAGCCUAGGAUAUGGGGGGACCCCCCAUGGCACAGACACCUCGACGGACGCGCCAACCAGGGGGUUCUCGGUGCCGGCCGGACAGAGGAAAUGUCCGGCUUCGGGGGAAGCUCAGGGCUCGGCAGAGACUCGGCCGUGGAUGGAGACGCUUUGUGGGAAGCUGCACACGCUGCUUGGGGUCAGCCAUGGGUGGGGCGGUGAGAAGGGAAUGUGGAUGUCAAGUGGGGUCUCUGCCGUGGGGGUGGGUGGAGGCAAGCUCCCAAAUUCCCCCCUCCCCUCCCUAAGCCCCAGCCCCCCAUCUGCCCACUGUACCCCCAAAUCCCCUCUCAGCCCCCUCAACUGCACCCUGUCCCCUCAUCCAUUCCCUGCCCCAUAGUCACACCCCCCAAAUCACCCCCAAACCCCUCAGUCACUCCGCCUGCCCCCUACAGCCAUUCCCCUGUCCCCUAAAACUGGCUGGGCCCACGGGUCUGAGCCGGGGGAUGGUGUGAGGGAGCAGGCGGGAUACCGGGCUAGAUGGGCCCAUGGGUCCGACCCAGGGCUGCUGCUCAGAUCCUUCUCUCUAGCUCGGUUCCCCCAAAGCCUGGACCCCUCUGGGACAGUUCAGAGCCUGGGUCUCUGAGGCCAGCACCCCACUGCAAGGCUCUGGGGGAUUUUCCUUCGUCGCCAGUGUGAGGAGACGGCUGAGUGGGGAGCUUGGCAUGGGUCGCGCCCGGGCUCUGGGCAGAAAGCCAAUAAAUACAGGAUGAGAGAAAAGGGCUCCCUGUGUGUCUGUCUAUCUUGGUGCCCCACCAGGCCCAGCCAGGAUUGUCGAGGGGGUGCGCCCCCUGCUGGGUCCCCCCACCUUGCUCCCUGCAGCACAGCACCUCCUACUGCCCCACAGGGGCCAGCCCUGCCUGCCAGGGGAGCGCAGGGGUGGGGUGGCCAAUGGGAGGGCAGCCGCGGGCGCGUCACGGUUUCCUUUUGCUGCUCGGUGCGAGAGGAAGUGGGCAGAGCAGAUGCGGCCAGGUGCAUCGAGAGCUCAAAGCAGCGUAGACGCCGCCAUGGACAAGGAAUAUGUCGGGUUCGCCACCCUCCCCAACCAGCUGCAUCGGAAAUCUGUGAAGAAGGGAUUCGACUUUACUCUGAUGGUGGCAGGGGAGUCUGGGCUGGGGAAGUCGACGCUGAUCGACAGCCUGUUCCUGACGGACCUGUACAAGGAUCGGACCCUGCUGGACGCCCAGGGUGAGUGGGGGGCGGGACCCAGGGCUGUGUGGGGGGAGGCAGAACCCCAGGGGGGGGCCGAGAGGGCACCAGGGGAAGCCGAGGGGGGAGCAGCAGCCCCACGACUCUGUCGCCCCCCAGUGGAGAACCCGGCGCACUGCGACUUCCUGAAGCUGCGCACGAUGCUGGUGCGGACGCACAUGCACGACCUGAAGGAGGUGACCCAGGAGAUUCACUACGAGAACUACCGGGCGCAGUGUAUCCAGAGCCUGAACCGCGUGGGCGCCCGCGACCGCGCCAGCCGCAUGAAACUGUCCCGGCAAAGCGCCACGGAGCUCCCGCUGCUGCCACUGGAGACGGAGAAACUGAUCCGGGAGAAGGACGAAGAGCUGCGCCGGAUGCAGGAAAUGCUGCAGAAGAUGCAGGCCCAGAUGCAGCAGAGCCAGGGGGAGCAGUCGGACGCCCUGUGAGGAUUUCAGGGUCCCCCCGGGGGCACUACCCCACAUGGAACAAGUGUCUUUUGGCCAGAGCAGCAGCAGCAAAAGGGACGGGGGCAAUUCUCUGGGGCAGCCUGCUAAGCAGCACUCGCAGCCCCCCAAAUCCCUGCUCGCCAGAGCCCCCCAGGCUCCUAAAUUCCCUGUUUCCACAAUCACCCCAUGUUCUCCCCCUUCCUGGCUUUGCCCCUAACGCCUCCUUCAAUAAACUCACCCCUGUGUUUGCA